AAUGACCCGACGCGAUCCAGACGUGUCUGCCCUCACGAAUCUCGACGCUUUAAUCCUUGCACAGGCCGUCUAUGAACUAGGUGGAGAUUCUUGGUCUGAUGUAGCCAAGCUUCUUUCCAAGCAUCCUCUUUUGUCCCAUCCAAAGUCCUUUUUUACCCCCCAAUCCUGUCAAGCAUUCUACACACAUCUCAGAAGGGAAGCCUCUCUUGAAAUCACUGAAGAAGAUGUUGCCGUUCGUGCACCUCUCAAUCUGAAGCUAGCCAAAGUACGAUAUCAAGCUCGAUAUAUCCAGUUACGAGAAUUGAUUGGUGAAGAAGAGGAGAAAUUCAAGAGAAUAUGGAGCGAGAUUGAAACCAUUCGAAACGGUCAAAAUAGUGCGGUAAUACAACUCGAGUCCAAAGAGAGAACAGAUGAAGCCACCCAACUUCAUAUGGAAGAUGCCGCAAAACCUUCCUCAAGCACUCCAGGUGUAACUUUCACCUCCACUACCGAGAUCGAGCCUUCUCGAGAAGCUCAUAGUAGGGACCCGGAAGAACCGCCUUCAGGUGCGGUGUCUGGCCCGGAACCCACUGAAGGUGCACGGGAACUCGGUUUGUCGGACACCGAAAUUAUCCACGCUCAGACUAAAGAUCGCGAGACGAAAGAUGAGCAGGAGGCAACACAGAAGGCCGACGACGAUACGAGUAGUUUAUCAAACGCACCGUCUCCUCAACCAAUUCAGAUAGACGACCUUUUCGAACCUGAAACUGAGGAAAAUGAAGAUAUACCACGAGAACCAGAGCAACAAAAACCGGGCCAGGUUCAUUCCUUCGGUUUGGAACUUUCUGACUCUGUCCCCGAAGCUCAAGAUAGUAUGGUUGUCGAUGAGGCAACUUCUCAUCUUCCGAGUGGCGCUGAACAAAUCCGUACGGAGGAACCUGUUGAUGUCAGUUCUCCGGACGUUCAGCCGCAACGCGAGAUAUCCACACCAAUGGAAGUUGAGGGGCAACCUUCGGGAUCUUCUGGACCUUCUGAACCACCUAUUGAAACCCUCAAACGCACAUCCCCACAUAUAGGGGAUCAUAAUAACGACAGGCCUGUGGUUGAACGUACGUCAGAGCCCGUGUCUGCAGAAGAUGGAGGUGAAUCAUCAGAUGACGAGCCUCUCAAUAUUCAUAAGAAUCGUAAAGCCUCUCGCCGCGGUAAAUCUUCAGCGGCUGCUGCCCGUGCUGCAAAGGCUCGUCGUCGCCGUAAAUCUUCGGCAGCGGUUGAAAUACUGCCGACAGAUCAAGAUCAGGACGGAAAACCUGAAGAUAUCGGUUCACCAGACCCCGAAGCCAUCUCGACUAAACAGCAAGGCAAACGGAGGGCAUCGGUUCUCGAGGAUCAUGAUACACGCGAUAAGAAACGUGCCAGGGAUGGUUCAGAACCUGCGGAGGAAGAAGACUCAGGCAAGUGUCUACUCCAAGUCGCUCAGUAGAAGGUGGAGCCGAUGAUGAAAAGUACAUAGGCUCAAUUUCGGCAUCGGUCGCUCGCGCUCGCCGUCGGGCGGAUGCGCAAACUCCAGCCAAAAAGUUUCAGAACGUCAUCGGAAUGCUUCAUUCGCAGAUAUCCCAACACCGGAAUGGUACCAUCUUUCACAAUCCAAUCAGAGACUCCGAGGCACCCGAUUAUCACGAUAUCGUUAAAAGACCGAUGGAUCUGAAGACUGUGAAGACAAAGAUCAGAGACGGCGUGAUCACCAACUCUCUUGAGUUCCAACGGGAUAUAUAUCUCAUGUUCGCCAAUGCAAUGAUGUACAAUCGACCCGGAUCAGAUGUCUACGUUAUGGCAGAAGAUAUGAUGCUUGACUGCGAGGAUUACAUCCAGACUUUUCGCCAGACUGAAGGAUUCCUACGAGGCUCACAACGUUAGUACUCGAGUCAGCACAGUCAUUUCUGCGCUCUAUUAAUACAAUACAAUACUUUGUUGAAUGUAUGCUACAUAUAGUACAAAUAUGAUCAGAUAGCUAGCAA